UUAUUCCACGGAUGUAUAAAAGCCUGACUCGUACUGAGUCAAAAGUAUCAGUUGCCCAACUCAUCAACCAAAUCUCAACAUGAAACUGUUCGUUAUCGCCGCUGUCUUGGCCGUCGCUGCUGCCACCAGCUACCCUUCCAACUAUGCUCCUUCCAGCUACAAGGAUAACAAGUACGCCGGAAUCACCAUCGUCAGCCAAUCCGAUGAGCGCAACCUUGACGCCAGCAGCAAGUGGAGCUACGCCGGAUCCGACUACACCACCCGUGAAGAGUCCCAGGUCCAGAAGAAGAUGCAAGGAGCCUCUUACGAUUCUUACGGAAAGGCCACCUACGAGGAUGUUAUGGGCAACACCAACAAGGGAUCUUCCUACUGGGUCUCCCCCGAAGGCGAGAAAGUUACUUUGACCUGGUCCGCCGAUGAGGCCGGUUUCCAGCCAAAGGGCGACCACUUGCCAGUUCAUGUCCCAUUCAACGGCAAGGGUUACAAGAUUUACUAAAUUAUUGGCGGUUUAUUUAAAAAAGAAAAAAAAAAUACAAUUUAUUUUGCUAACUGA